AUGAUCCGACGAGAAGGUCAUGGCCUUGCGCUGGACUUCUACUGCUUGGGCUGCCUCUUGUAUGUGCUGCUCACUGGCAAGCUGCCACACUUCACUGGUGACGUGAACCAAAUGUGCGCCCGCCGGGCCAAGGGUGAGGCCUUCGAGGCCGGGUGGCUGGGUUGA